GCCUUUUGUUGUCCAUGGUGUUUCAUGGAGUAACUUGUAGAGCCGCCACUCAGCCACUCGUCAUGGGGCUGGUGGAUGGCCCAGACACGUCCUUGCCAGUGCGCCGACGUGAAGAGGGCCACUGGCUUGCUUGCCUCCUGGGGAAAGGCUUUGCGCUGGAAGGAUGUCUUGGCGGGAUUGAAAGAGCUGGUCAAGACUCCCAGCAACCUCGAGCCAAACGUCGUGACAUUCGGUGUCGCCAUUGCUGCCUGCGUUAGGGCAUCGGCAUGGGCCAGCGCACUCCAGGAGUCUCUUGUGUUGCGUCAAGAGGGGUUGGAGCCGAGCCUGAUUAGUGCGAGCUCGGUGAUCUCUGCGAGUGAGAAGAGCAACUGGUGCCAUGCAUUGCAUUCACUGAUUGACCUGCAAGCGAGUGAUUUGGAGCCAAACGCGGUGGGCUUCGGUGCUGUUGCCAGCGCUUGCGAGGCCAGCGCCGGUGCUUGGCGGGUGGCGGCCGAGGCGACGCUGCAGCUGCGGAGGGCUGGCAUCGAAGCCAGCGUGGUGCUCUUGAACGCUGUCAGCUCGGCCUGUGAGAAGGCAUGCGCGCAAGAUGAGGCGUUGACCAGGCCGUGGCCUCUGGCGUUGGCUUUGCUGUCCCUGGCCUCCUCAUGGUGGCUUGAGCCGGACACCGUGGCUUACAGCACUGCCAUAAGCACGUGUGAGAAAGCUGUUUGGGAGCAGGCCUUGGAAGUGCUUUGGGCAAUGAGGUGCUCGUCCGUGAGGAUGAACACCUAUGCCUUCAAUGCGGCGAUCAGCGCGUGCGCGUCGGGGUACCAUUGGGAAGGAGCGUUUUGCCUAUGGGAUGAGAUGCAAGCCAUGCACGGAUUGAAGCCGGAUCUCAUCACCUACAGUGCCUUGAUUAGCGCUUGUGCUGAAGGGCUGAAGUGGAGGCAUACCUUGGCACUUCUCAGCGAGCUCUCCUGGUCUGCUGGGUCGAAGGAGGAAGCUGCCCAGCCGAAGAAGAUCCAACCUGACCUGAUCCUUUGCAACACUGUGAUCAGUGCCUGCGAGAAGGGGCACCAGUGGGAGAAGGCCUUGUGUGUCCUGGCGGCCUUGUUGCUUCGGGGCCCACGGCCAGAUGCCAUCAGCUACAGUGCCGCCAUGAGUGCCUGCUGUGCAGCCUCAGCUUGGCAGUGGGCCUUGUGGCUUCAGAAGGAGUCAGACACCGGCCACUUCGGCAGCCUGCCGGCGACCAGUGUGUUGGUCUCCGCGCUGUGUGCGCAACGGAACUGGCAGGUGGCUCUUUCUUCACUGGUCUCCCCCUGCUCCGAUGCGUCCCAUGGCAUGGAUGCUGGAGCUUGGGCCUCGGUGGCCGCGGCAGCGGUGGGGCGAGCGAGACUCCAGAUCAUGGAGGAGGCCCGGGUGCUGCUGCUCGACCAGCUCAAGGGGAAGAGUCCGCUCGUGCGCAUCGGUAUGCUUACCCUGCGAUUUUGUCUUCCAAACCUGGUGCCGGGCGACGGUUUGCUGCAAGCGUUGAGGAAUGGCUAUGUCUUCAACAUCGUGGAUACCCCGGGGCACGCCGACUUUGGCGGGGAGGUGGAGAGGGUCCUGUCGAUGGUGGACGGGGUGGUGCUGCUGGUGGACAUCGUCGAGGGCCCCAAGACGCAGACGAAGUUUGUGUUGCAAAAGGCGCUGAAACACGAGAAGAUGAAGCCCUUGGUGGUGAUCAACAAGGUCGAUCGUCCCAUGGUGAGGGAGAAGGGGGGAAGUGGAGAAUGA